CGACGCCGUUAUAGAUAAACCCUACGGUCAUCUCUAUUUUUGUCCCUUUUCGUCCGCACCUCGAAGUAGCCAAACAAAAGCUUCGCACUCACACACCAUCGCCGCUUCCUCAGUCGCCGGCGGCCGAAGACGUGUAACAAUUUCUCCACAGGCGGCAAACUGCUCCGUGCUUAGUGACAGAAGAAGAAAUGUUGGACAUUAACUUAUUCAGAGAAGACAAAGGCCAUAACCCUGAACUCAUCCGCGAAUCACAACGCCGUCGUUUUGCUAAUGUUAAUGUCGUUGACGAGAUCAUUCUCCUCGACAAGGAGUGGAGACAGCGUCAAUAUGAGGUCGAUAAUCUCCGUAAAGAGUUUAAUAAGAUCAACAAACAAAUUGCUAAACUGAAAAUUGCAGGGGCGGAUGCGAGUGAACUGAUUAAACCUUCGAAUGAGAACAAAGAAUUGACUGGUGAAAAGGAAAAAGAAGUGAGUGAGGCUGCGUCUGCUUUGAAUAAGAAGCUGGAAGAAGUUGGAAACUUGGUGCAUGAUUCUGUUCCUGUUAGUAACGAUGAGGCUAAUAAUGCUGUUAUUCGUGAGUGGGGUGAGAAACGGAUGGAGCCUAAAUUGAAAAAUCAUGUCGAGCUUGUUGAGCUUCUGGGAAUCGCUGAUACCAAGAAAGGUGCCAAUGUAGCCGGAGGUAGAGGCUACUAUUUGAAAGGUGAUGGUGUGAGGCUUAAUCAGGCAUUGAUCAAUUUUGCGCUAGAUUUCUUGCAAAAGAGAGAAUACACAGCCUUGCAGACUCCCUUUUUCAUGAGGAAAGACAUCAUGGCAAAAUGUGCUCAACUAGCACAAUUUGAUGAAGAGCUAUACAAGGUGACUGGUGAAGGAGAUGACAAAUAUUUAAUCGCUACAGCUGAACAACCGCUAUGUGCUUAUCAUAUAGAUGAUUGGAUUCAUCCUUCACAGCUACCGAUCAAGUAUGCUGGAUACUCAUCUUGUUUCCGUAAAGAAGCUGGUACACAUGGUCGCGAUACUUUGGGAAUUUUCCGAGUUCAUCAAUUUGAAAAAGUGGAGCAAUUUUGUAUUACCAGCCCAAAUGGCAACGAUUCUUGGGAUAUGCUUGAGGAAAUGAUCAAGAACUCCGAGGAUUUCUACAAGAUGCUUAACAUCCCCUACCAAGUUGUGGCUAUUGUUACUGGUGCUUUGAAUGAUGCUGCUGCAAAAAAGUAUGAUUUGGAAGCAUGGUUUCCUGCUUCCAAAGCAUACAGAGAGUUGGUCUCCUGUUCAAAUUGCACAGACUAUCAAUCAAGAAAAUUAGAAAUACGAUAUGGACAGAAAAAGAGCAACGAGCAGGCAAAACAAUACGUUCACCUAUUGAACUCUACCCUCACCGCAACAGAGAGGACCCUUUGUUGCAUCCUGGAGAACUAUCAGAAGGAAGACGGUGUAGAGAUUCCGGAGCCUUUGAGAGUAUAUAUGGGUGGAAUAUCUUUUAUCCCAUUCCAAAAGAAGUAAACAAGCCAUCUACGUAAGGCAAAUAGAAGAAAUCUAAGGGCUAACAAGUCAUUAAAAAACCUUAUGAGAGAUUGUUUGCUUACAAUACUGGAAUUCAGAUUCCAAAGGUAAGAGUUAUUGUGAUUGUUGCCGCAUGAAUAAAGAACGUUUUGGGUUUUGGUCGAGAUGUAACUUUUUUGUUAUUCAGUUCUUUUCAUGACAAUAUAUAUAGACAAAAGUUAAAUAUUGGAGGAUUUUUCUGGUCA